AUGUCAUUGAUUUCAAAAGACCCAUACACAAGCCUCGCAUAUGUCUUCCAAGACAUCGACGAAUUCGCAAUCUGUCCAGUAGACACUCUAUACCCAAGCCUCACCGACCUCCUCACAUCAUGCACAAACAAAACCAUCGAUGCCACAAACGAAACACACUGGUACUCAAUGAAAGCCGCCACACCACCCAACCUGCAAAGGGUCCUAACGUCCAGUCUGGAGAGCGUUCUCACCAACAUCGCCGCAUCCCUGAUCAAAUACAGUCUAGACGUCAGCAACUUUACCGUCAAUGGCACAGUCGCUGUGCCGGAGGUGUAUGUGUCUGUGGAUUGGGGCUUUCUUGCCCUCCCUGCUAUGGUUCUGCUGUUGGGGAUUGUCUUCUUGGUAUCGACGAUCUUGGUCAAUCGGGAACAUAAGCUUUCUCUUUGGAAAUCUUCGCUUUUGCCGGUGCUGUAUCAUGGUCUUGGGGAUGAGCUUGUUCGUGAGGAGCAUGUUACUAUUAGCUCUAUGGAAGAAGCUGCGCAGUCUGUUCAUGUGCGGCUUCGGUCUCAUGAUACUGUGUCGAAAUUGAGGUGA